UCGGGUUCUUCUUUUCUUCCGAAACACUCUUCGGUUCGAGCCCAGAAUCCAGACGAGACGCAGCACCCCACCAAACGUGUAAAAACGCUUAGAUUUGGGGAUACCAUGGAAGCGGCGGCGCCCACGGCCACCGCCAAGCGCAAGCGCGGCGCCGCCACCGCCGCAGACAACGCGCCCUCCGCCGCUUCAGUCUCCGCCGCGGCCAUCGACGAGGUGUCGGACGCGGAGGUGGAGGAGUUCUACGCCAUCCUGCGCCGGAUGCGAGACGCCUCGCGCCACUUCUGCUCCCCGGCCGCGCGCGCGCCGGCCUGGUGCCCCAGCUUCUCCUGGGAGGACUUCGCGCCGCGGCCUCCCCUUCCGCCUCCGGCCCCGGCGGCGCCUCCGCCGCCUGUCGAGGAGCGCGUCGCCGAGAACGGCACGCCGCCGCCGCGGCCUGUCGCCCUCGACCUGAACGCCGAGCCGGAGCCCGAGGCCCCUGCGCCGGCGCCGGCGAGCCCAGAGCGCGUGCGUUCGUAGAGGCCAUGCCGAUCGGCACCCCCAGGACGAGCCCGCGUGAUCGAUGCCACCCUUCGGCUUGCUUUCCAGCGAUGCUCUGAUCUGGUAGUUACUCGGUGAACUUUCUCCGAAAUCACCAGUGGUAAUUCGGUCUGUUUAACUCUUACUGUUACUGCUCCCUUUCUCUUUCUGCUCCUGUCCUCGCUGUGUGAACGACUUAGAGACUUGUAAGAAAGAAGUCCGAAUAGUCCAUUUGUCAAUCAAUCCCGGGGGCAUACAUGGAUCCAGUUUCACUGUACCAUUCCAUCGUUUAAUGACUGCUUAAUUAACCUCGACUUUUUUUUACAGCUUUA